AUGCUUCUUUAUCGAGAUAUUGAAUUUCCAAAAAAAUCGUUUGAACGUCAAAAACGCUGUCGUAUUCAUUCAAUAUCUGAUGAUCAUAAAAUUUUACCUUUAUAUGAUAAAAAUCAACAAAUUCCUCAUAUAUAUGUUACACCUCAAGUAUCUCAACGUCCUGAUCUAUCAAUUAUUCAUCUUCAUUAUGAUCCUUAUGAAGCAGGUGAUCAUGCACAUGAUAUAGCACUUGAUCGUGCAGCAACAGCAACAGAUGCAUAUGCAGCACCAAAACGCUUAGCUAAAACUCGUAUUGAAACUGAUCGUGAAGCAAUGAUGCGUCAUGAUAAUGGUCGAAUAGAUCAACGACAACAUAAAUUUAAGGAUGAUCCUGCUUAUAUUGAUAAAAUAUCAAAAGAUCGAGAUGGAUAUCGAAUACAAGCACGUAAUGUUUGGGUGGAAUCUGAAAUAAAUAAUGAUCCAUUGAGAAGAAAUGAUUAUCGAGAUGAAUAUUUAACAGCAAAACAAAGUGUCUUAAAUACAAAAAAUAUUAUUUCAUCAAUACUACAACAUAUAACUUCUCGAUCAUCAGGAGAUUAUCAUGCAUAA